AUGGCCGACAACUCGCCAGUCAAACAAAUUCUACCGGAGACGUCGUCGUCGAGAUUCCUAAUGGAGAGCAUCACGGCGACGCACGAUUUCGACGUCACCAACUUCUCGCUGCUCGACGGCGUGGGCAUUGGCAAGUACAUUAGCUCAAGAACCUUCAGCAGCGGCAGCGGCGACUGGAACAUGAGGCUCUACCCUGACGGCGACAAGCCGAUGGGCUGGGUCCGCUGGAACAGAGCUGCUUACGUGUCGAUCUACUUGUGUUUCCUUGGAGGAGAAUCAGCAGCUAAGGCUAAGAGGACCAAGUUCAGUUUAAGUCUACUAGACAAAGAUCAUAGAGUGUUCAGAGUAAAAGGCAAAAAGAAAGGAGAAAAAAGAAGAAAGGUAUGGAGGACUCCCAAGCACAGCACCGUUAAGCCGACAAGUUUUCACAACAAGUGGGGCAGCCUGUUCAUCAAGAAAUCCCAUCUGAAGGAGCUGCUACUCAUGUCCAACGACUGCUUCACAAUUAGGUGUGUUCUGACCAUGAUCAAACGGCAGGCGAAGACGGCCAUCGAAGUCCCACGGUCAAACCUGCAUCAAGAUCUUGCCAACAUGCUCAAGGACGGGGAAGGCGCAGAUGUAACAUUCAGUGUGGGCGACCAGUUAUUCCAUGCCCACAGAUACGUUCUGGCAGCACGGUCCCUGGUCUUCAAGGCAGAGCUCUUCGGUGAGAUGAAGGAGAAGGCGGCGCCGACGCAGCACAUCAAGAUCCAUGACAUGGAGCCUACCGUCUUCGGGUGGCUCCUACACUUCGUAUACACAGAUUCCUUACCAGAUGACUGCAACGACAACGCGGAUAGGAUUGUGGCGAUGCAGCACCUGUUAGUCGCCGCUGAUCGAUACGGAUUGGAGAGGCUACGCUUGAUGUGCGAGGAGAAGCUGUGCAGCUGGCUUGACGUGCAAUCGGUUGCGACCACUCUAGCUUUAGCCGAGCAGCACCAGUGCGUGCAACUCAGAUAUGUUUGCCUAAGGUUUAUUGACUGUCCAGAUGUGCUUGGCGCUUUCAUGGAAACUGAGGGGUUCAAGCAUCUCAGUGCGAGCUGCCCUUUGGUUACGAAGGAGAUUUUAGACGAUCACCUCGCUCCUCCCUCACUUCUCUUCUUUUCCUCCAUGCCAAUUUGUACAGGUUUGGUGCUAUAUCUCUGGGGCUCUUCCCUGCAGCCAUGA